ACUAGUAGUUUCUUUUUCUGGGUCCGUCUUCCUAACUUUGACUGAAGAUGGGAGAAGAGGGGAGAGAGGAGGCUUUUCAGCAGCUUUCGGCGCUAUUUCGUACACUCUUUCCCACCUUGGCCUUCCAGAUUUAGCUGCUCCUCUCUCUUGACUAUAAAAAACUUUACUGUGUGAUUCAAAUGUACUAUUAUAUCCGUUUAAAAUAAUAACAUAAACAGUAUAUGUAUAUACCAUAUUUGAAUAUCAAGAAAUUGCUUUCCUUCGCUUCACUCUCACUGAAUCCGCCAAAUAAAGCAGCAUUUCUCCAGCUCCGCAGCUCAAAGAAAAACUCUCCUGCUUGAACAGAUAAUGAGUGGGUAUAAAUUACGUUAAGGAAUGAAGUCUCCUUUGACUUCUGGUGGAGCUUGACUGGUACAUCUUCUAUGUGUUCAAUUGAAAUUAAAAAUAUGGGCCUACUCUGCAGCAGAAACCGUCAUUUCAGUGGAGCAGAGGCUGAAGAGAAUGCACACGAUGCAGACAUUGAAAGGAGAAUAGAGGAAGAAACAAAAGCUGAAAAGCAUAUCCAGAAACUUCUACUUCUUGGUGCUGGAGAGUCUGGGAAAUCCACUAUUUUUAAGCAGAUAAGACUUUUGUUUCAAACUGGCUUUGAUGAGGCGGAGCUAAAGAGCUACAUUUCAGUCAUCCAUGCCAAUGUGUAUCAGACUAUAAAAAUUUUGCAUGAUGGAUCGAAAGAGCUGGCUCAGAAUGACACUGAUUCCUUGAAGUAUGUUUUAUCAAGUGAAAAUAAGACUAUUGGAGAGAAACUAUCAGACAUUGGAGGUGGAUUGGAUUAUCCUCGUCUCACUAAAGAGCUCGCACAGGAGAUAGAGACCCUAUGGAAAGAUGCUGCAAUUCAGGAAACAUAUCUUCAUGGUAAUGAACUCCAAGUUCCAGAUUGUGCCCAUUAUUUCAUGGAAAAUUUACAAAGAUUGGCUGAUCCAAAUUAUGUUCCAACAAAGGAAGAUGUUCUCUAUGCAAGAGUUCGUACAACUGGAGUUGUAGAGAUCCAGUUCAGCCCUGUUGGAGAAAAUAAGAAAAGUGGUGAAGUAUAUAGACUCUUUGAUGUUGGAGGCCAGAGAAAUGAGAGAAGGAAAUGGAUUCAUCUAUUUGAAGGUGUUACAGCUGUAAUUUUUUGUGCUUCCAUUAGUGAGUAUGAUCAAACACUUUUUGAGGAUGAAAACAGGAAUAGAAUGAUCGAGACUAAGGAACUCUUCGACUGGGUCCUGAAACAACCUUGCUUCGAGAAAACAUCCUUCAUGCUGUUCCUUAACAAGUUCGAUAUUUUUGAGAAGAAGGUUCUAAAAGUGCCACUAAAUGUAUGUGAAUGGUUCAAGGAUUACCAGCCAGUUACAACGGGGAAACAAGAGAUUGAGCAUGCAUAUGAGUUUGUGAAGAAAAAAUUUGAGGAGUUGUAUUUUCAGAGCACUACUCCUGAUCGUGUAGACCGGGUCUUUAAGAUCUAUAGGACCACUGCUCUUGAUCAGAAGCUGGUGAAGAAGACUUUCAAGCUUGUAGACGAGACUUUGAGACGGAGGAAUCUCUUAGAGGCUGGCUUAUUGUGACCCACAAAGCAAGUUGUAUGGAUUAAAAAACAAAAUUGGGUAAUUGUUUGUUGAUUGAAGAAUAUCAUAUUUUGGUCUUCAAGGUCAAGUGUUCUACACAGUAAAUAUCAAGUCGAUUCAUUGGCAUUGGCA